AUGUCUAACACCAGCAACAAUGUCGCUGGGGUUGACAACACAUUCAGAAGAAAAUUCGAUCGUGAAGAGUAUCUGGAACGAGCUCGGGAGCGUGAGAGACAGGAGGAAGAAGGUCGAGCAAAACCUAAAGGUAAAGGUCCUCCAGUGCAGAGGAAGCCCUUGAAGCAUAGGGAUUUUGAAGUAAACCUUGAAUCUCGCUUGGGAAAGACUCAGGUUGUAACGCCGGUUGCACCACUAAGUCAACAGGCUGGAUAUUUUUGCUCAGUUUGUGAGUGUGUGGUGAAGGACUCUGCAAACUACUUGGAUCAUAUUAAUGGAAAGAAACAUCAAAGAGCAUUGGGCAUGUCAAUGCGAGCUGAACGUUCUUCUCUCAAACAGGUUCAGGAACGAUUUGAAUCUCUUAAGAAACGCAAAGACAUUGGAAGCUUUACAGAGCAAGAUUUUGAUGAAAGGAUUUUAAAACAGCAACAAGAAGAGGAAGAAAGAAAACGAUUGCGUCGGGAAAAGAAAAAAGAAAAGAAGAUGGAGGCAAUAGAAGAACCAGAAAUCGAUCCUGAUGUUGCUGCCUUGAUGGGGUUUGGAGGUUUCCGAUCAUCCAACAAAAAGUGA